AUGGAAAAAUUGAAAUUACCAAAUAAUUUUAUUUCAAUUAUUUGUGAUUUAUUCUUAGAACGAAAAAAUCAAGUUUUUACCGCAAUUGAAAGUCAUGGUUACGAAAUUACUGCAAAAUAUAAAAAAGAUAUUUAUUCUGAUUAUAUUAAAGAAUCAAUUAUAUUUCCAGAAAAGGCGUAUAUAGAUAAUACCACGUUAUUGGCAAAAGAUCAACUUCAGCUGGAAACAAUACAAUCAUUUAAUUAUUCGAAUAGUUUAAUGAUUAGAUUUGGAUCAGAAUACAUUAAUAUUAAACCUAAAGCUCCUACUAAAUCAGAAGUUAAAAAGUUGAUCGAUAAUAUUAAACAUAAGAGGAUUUCUGAUAAACAAUUGCAAUAUGUAUUCAACGCUCUUAUUAUCCCUACAAUUGAGUAUCGUGCUCAACGGAUGCCAACAGCAAUAAUUAAUCAUAAUUUGAUUUAUAAUAUAAAAGAUAUAGCAGAUAAUCAAUUACAAGCAAAAAAUAAUAUAGUAUCAGUAUUUCCAUUUGAUAAUAAUUUUUAUAAAAAAUUAUUUUAUAGUAAAAGAAAAUAUGAUAAUUGGAUCUUAGAAAACAUCAAAAUAUUAAAAUAUAACAAUAUAGAUAUUUCCGUUAAUAAUAAAUUAAGUAUAGAAAAAUAUAAGAUAACUGGAGGUAAUGUACCAGUAAGAAAUAUUUUAAGAACAGAAAAAUUUUUUAAUAAUAUUCAUAAGAUUAAAAAAGAUGGAGUUAUGUUUUUAGAUCAGUUAAUAGGAAUUUCUAAUUCGUAUUUGAUUAAUUGGUGUAUUUUAAAACUGAAAUCCUUUAGAGAAGACACACGUAAUUAUAUUAAACCCAAAAAGUGGUAUAGAGAAUUACAAAAUAUUGUUACAAUUGAUGGAAAAACCCUUAAACCUGAAUAUAAAAUGUCAGCUGUUUCUCAUUUUAAGGGGUAUAAUAUGGCUCAAUGUGAAAUAGAUAGAAAUAAUCUUCCUAAAAAAUUAACAUUUAUUGGAAUUUGGAACAACAGAAAUAAUAAUAUUGAAAUAGGUGUUUUAAUAAAAAAAUCUGGAAUUGAUGGACAAAAUAAUUUAAUAAUAGGACAUUUGAAUGUUAUUAAUAAUGUGGAUUUUAGAUCCUCAGUUAUUCAAUUACAGAAAUGUUCAGGAUGUGAAUUAGACAAUCUAGAACAAUCAAGCAAAAAAAAUUACAAUUGUAACAUUUUAAUUAAUGCCAACGAUAGUUUAAUUAUUGGUAUCCAAUCCAAUAGUGUAUAUCAUAGACAAUUACUCGAAGGUCCAACUAGAAAAUUUGAAAUUUACACUGAUGGUUCAGUUCAAAUUUCUUAUUUCCCAUCAUCAAAUAAAGCAGAGUUGUUAGCAGUCAUUUUAGCGUUGAUUGUUUUACCAAGUAAUAGUGAAGUCACUAUUUAUACUGAUUCGAAUAAUGUUAUUACAGGAUAUUAUGAUAUUAUAGACAGAAAUAAUUUUAUUAUUUUGCCAAGGAAAUUUUUUAAGAUUAAAAAGAAUAAUAUUUACUGGAAUAUUCUUCGAGAAAUUAUUGUUACAAAUAAUCUUACUUUAGAUUUCAUUAAAGUUAAAGGACAUAGUGAUGAUUAUUUUAAUAAUUACAUAGAUGAGUUUAUUACUCAUACUGACGAAUUAUCAAAUUUAAUUUUUAAGCCAAAUAAUCUGAAUAAUUUAGACUAUAUUCUACGAUAGAAUCUAUACUAUAUAAUAAUUGUUUUUGUGUAUAACCGUAACAUUUAGACUACCUUGUAUAAAUAAAUUUGAAUUGCGUAAUAUCGCUCCUAUU